AUUUUGCUGAAAAUAUUCAAUUACCUUAUUCUUCACAACAAGAAAGUGCUAUAUAUUUUAAAUCACUUUAUAAAGUUGCAGUAUUUGGAAUAUGUGAAGAUACUUUUCCUUAUCAGAUAAUUAUUUAA